AUGGGGUUCUAUCGCCGACUCAUUUCUUGGUCGUUUCCGUACAAUCCUUUUCACGUCCUCGCUCUAUAUCUUGCAACGAUUCCUUCUACAUGCAAAGAUCAAGAAACACUUGUCUCGUGCGUUUCUCAGUUCAAAGUGACAGUCUUCUUUUGUGCUCUCUAUCUAAUAGCACUAGGCGAAGGAGGUUUCAAGGCAUGUCUUAGAGCUUUCGGCGCAGAUCAGUUUGAUGAACAAGACCCUGAAGAGUCCAAAGCGAAGAGCUCAUUCUUUAACUGGUUGUAUUUUGCGAUAUCUUUUGGCAUAUUGGCCACUAGGUUGAUCUCUAAUUAUGUCCAAGAGAAUCUGAGCUGGGCUUUAGGGUUUGGGAUUCCAUGCGUUUCCAUGAUGCUCUCUCUCUUCUUGUUUUUGCUUGGAACCAACACUUAUCGCUUCAGCACUGGAGGAGAAGUAAGAGAAGGACGAAAGCAUAAUAACCCUUUUGUAAGAAUUGGACGUGUUUUUGUUGCUGCUGUGAAAAAUCGGCGAGAAACCUCUUCAGAAACUCUCCUUCCUCACGAAAUUUCGAAGCAAUUCAGAUUCCUAGACAGGGCGGCGGUUUCAUGUGAUUCGGCUGAAGUUGAAGAAGCAAAAUCUGUGCUAAGUCUCGUUCCAGUUUGGAUGUGUUGUUUAGUAUUUGGCAUUGUUUAUGCGCAAUCCCCUACUUUCUUCACAAAGCAGGGAGACACAAUGGACAGAUCAAUCUCACCAACAUGUGAAGACUUUGUGUCUCUUGGGCCUGCUCGUGGGCUUCGGGUUUGA